GCAGAGUGUAACAAGUCAAACUGCGCCUGAGAGAAAAAUGAGGUGUUUUCAAUGUGGAAAAUGGGAUCAUUUAAGAUAUCAAUGUCCCCAUUUUAAAAAAGGAUAAGACAUCCCUCUUUGUUAGCAAAGUAAAUGAAACAAAGAAGGCAGAACCAGCUACUGUGUCUAAAGAUAGCCUGGAAGCAGUGCCCCAAGAGAAACAAUGUCUGUUUAUCCUGUCAAACACACCAACUGAGGAGUACUUAGAAUCCAUUUCCAUUGACAACAAGUACAUGAAGGGGUGGAGAGAUACAGGAGCGGAUGUUUGUAUCAUACAUCCAGAUGUAAUACCGCAGAAAUUUCGACAUCCUACCUCAGAAAUACAUUUAAAAGGCUUGGGACCUGCAAUACCAACUGAAGUAGUUUCUUUGCCAAUAGAAUAUGAGGGAUGGAAAGGGAUUUGGGACUUUGCCAUCAGCCCAGAUAUACCUUACAAGUGUUUAAUCGGUAAUGACCUGGCUAAGAAAAUUAAAAACUGGAGGAUGUUAUGUGAGGAGAGUAACAAUAACAUCAGAGGCCCUACUCAAGAAGCAAUGUGUUUAACCAUUCAGCAAGAUGAGGGAGAGGGUCCAGAAUCCAGUUCUGUCAGUGCUGAGAUUGUUAAUAAAAUAAAGGAAGCUAAAGAGAUCCUGCAUGAACAAAUGACAGAUGAAACUCUGAAACCUUUAUUUACACAAGCUCAAAAUACGCCAGAGUCGACAGAAGAACAACACUUCAUAUUUAUUACUGAGAAUGGUGUCCUCUAUAGGGAAACUAAGAGUCUGAAGUCGGCAGGAAAGUUAGAAGUGUGUAAUCAGAUUUUUCAGAAAGUCAGAGAAGCUGAAGCCAGUGAAGAGAAUAUAGAAACAAUAGGUCUGGAAAGACAAGUGAUAAACUCUGAGGAGAAAAAAGAAUCCUUGAUCUUAAAAGAUGUAUUACCUUCAGCUCCACGUAAAGAAAUUACCUCAACCAAACUUUCUGACAAAGAUAAUGAAAUACAAUCAAAAGAGAAAGCUGAAGAAAAGCAGACUCGGGAUUUGACAGUAGAAACUGAUGCGAGUUCAGAAUAUCCAAGGGUCUUCUGUGAAACAAAGAUCCAUACACCUGAAAGACUCAUUGAAGUUAAGAUAACUUCUAAACAUGAUUCAUCCACUAUAAAAGUUCCAGAUGAUCGUACAAAAGAAGUUUUAAAGAUUGGAACUGUAGCUGAAGUUAAGAAUCUAAGUGAAACUUAUCAAAGAGCUGGCAUCAACAAAAUGGUAAAUACAAGUUGUUACCCUGUAACAGAUGAUGGUGAAGAUAAGAAGACUCUCAAACCUUCUACACUUCGUCUGAAAGAAGAGAGACAUUUUGCUGAGAGUAAAACAUUAGAUCAACUCCUCCUUACUAACUCUGAGCAUUUCGAUAUGUCUACAACUGAAAAGAAAGUAAGCAGAAAAAGAAGAUCUAAUCAUAUAUCGGAAGAAGAAUCUCCUUUAUCCUUGAGCAGAGAAGAGAAUAAAAGCCAAGCUGAUGGACUGACAAGAGAAAUAAUAUACACUGACUAUGUUAAUGGUGAUAAAAGGAAAAAGCUGCAAUUUCUAGCUUUGGAAGUUCAUCCAGAUAGCAGUGAUGAGUUUGCAAUAACGAAGGACAGUAUUCUUGUUUGUUCUUCCAAGGACAGUGAAUUCUCUUCAAUACCAAGAAAAGAUGUUCAAGGAACUACAGAUUCUUCACUAAGACCUGAUGCUACGUUGAAGCAAGCCUUUAUUCAAGCAUUAAAAUUCUAUAAAAGCAGAACUGUUCCUGAUAAUUGGAAGGCCAGGUUAAAAGAAGAAACUCCAGCAGAAAGAAUAGAAAGAGAAGAAUGUGGAACUGUGUGGGGUGUAUUGACCUGUUGUAAUUUGAGUCUGGGUAUCAGGAAAAGGAGAAUUGGAAUUGGAUAAAAGAAAAAAAACCCUUUAUUUUCUAGGGUCAGACCACAUUGAGUAAUUAAAAGUGUUAAUGUAGAAAGGUAAUGUAUGUGUAAUGUAGUGUAAUAUUUUAUAAAUGAUCAAACUGUUUU